GUGAAUCUGACCCUGGUGUCCUUCGCGGUCACUCGCAGAGCAUACGAGCGCAUCACGCAGCGCUUUGCCAAGGAGUACGAGGCCGCGACCGGGCAGCCCGUUCGCUUCCGCCUCUCCUUUGGCGGCAGCGGCACUCAGGCCCGGGCGGUGUGCGAUGGGCUGCCAGGGGACAUAGUGGCGCUGGCGCUGCCGUUGGACGUGGACAAGAUCCGCGAGGCCGGCCUCAUCAACCCCGGCUGGCAGCAGCGCCUGCCCAACAACGCCAUCGUGGCCGAGUCUGUUGUCGCCAUUGUCACCCGCCCCGGCAACCCCAAAAACAUCACCGGCUGGGACGACCUCACCAGGCCGGAUGUGGAUGUGAUAACGGCGAAUCCAAAGACGGCUGGCGUGGCGCGGUGGAAUUUCUUUGCGCUGUGGGGCCAUCGCCUGGACAAGGGCGAGGACGCCGCGCUGGACUACACCACCAAGGCAAGGCCAAGGCCCUCUGCCCCCACCAACCGCCCUUCAACUUUUCUUGUGUUUGAACGGGUGCUGGUGCAGCCGAGGGACGCGCGAGAGGCGAGCGAUGUGUUCUACAAGCAGAACACGGGCGACGUGCUGCUCAACUACGAGAACGAGGUCAUCUUCACAAAUCUCCAGUACGGCGAGGCCGAUGCCAUGCCUUAUGUUGUCCCAAACAACAACGUCCGGGUGCAGACGCCGGUGGCACUGGUGGACAAGAAUGUGGACAGGCGGUCGACCAAGAUGAGGGGCCCGACGCGCGCAGCCGCAGAGGCCUUCCUAGAGUACCUGUUCACGCCGGAGGCGCAGGCCGAAUUUGUUGCCUGCGGCUUCAGGUCUAUUGUGGGCCGUGCUGGCAGGCCCAUCGACAAGAAGCUGCAGAAGAAGUCCAAGCUGCCACGGGUGAAGAGGGCGUGGACUGUGGAAAACAGGCUGGGAGGCUGGGACAAAUCUCAGAAGCAGUUCUUCGGGGGAGGGGGGGUCAUGGACAAGAUCCAGAGGCAUGUGGGAGAGGUGAGGCUUAGAGAGCGGCAGGAGCAACAG